CACUCUGCAAGCAGGAGAGGGAGGGUCAACAUGGCGUCUGAACAGGAGAGUUCAAAUGGGCCUGUGAAGAAGUCCAUGCGGGAGAAGGCUAUAGAAAGACGGAAUAUCAACAAGGAACACAACAGUAACUUCAAAGCAGGAUAUGUACCCAUAGAAGAGGAACGUCUUCAUAAAACUGGACUGAGAGGACGAAAGGGAAACAUGGCUGUUUGCAUCGUUAUCCUCCUCUUCAUCCUCGCCUUAAUUAACCUUAUUAUCACUCUGGUAAUAUGGACAGUGAUCCGUAUUGGUCCGAAUGGUUGUGACAGUAUGGAGUUCCAUGAGAGUGGACUACUGCGCUUCAAACAGAAGGCGGACAUGGGCAUCGUUCACCCACUGCACAAGAGCACAGUAGGAGGCCGCAAGGACCAGGACCUCGUCCUCGUUGGAAACAACAAUCCGGUUGUGUUCCAGCAAGGCACCACUAAGCUGAGUGUGGAGAAAGAAAAGACCUCAAUCGUUAGUGACGUUGGCAUAACCUUCACAGACCCUCGGACACAGAACACGUACUUCAGCACAGACUUUGAAAACCAUGAGUUCCACUUGCCCAAAGGAGUCAAAAUUCUCAGUGUUAAAAAGGCUUCCACCGAAAGGAUCACCAGUAGUGCAUCUUCUGACCUGAACAUUAAAGGGGACGGCAAGGCCAUCAUUCGUGGAAACGAGGGCGUCAACAUCAUGGGCCGGACUGUAGAGUUCAAAGUGGGCGGAGGCAUCGAGCUCAGGGCUGAGAACAGCAUCAUUCUGAAUGGAUCAGUCAUGUUCAAUGUUUCACGCAUCCCUAACUCUGCAGGAGAUGUGUAUUUUGAUGAAGGCAUGGAACGGUAUAAGCUCUGCAUGUGUGCAGAUGGGACUCUGUUCCGUGUGCAGGUGAAAUAUCCCAACAUGGGCUGCCAGACUUCAGAUAACCCGUGUGGAAAAACUCAGUAGGAGAGUUGGCUAAAGUCUACUUUCAAGUGUCUACAUUUUGUCACCACUAAAGUCAAAUUACACAUUUGUGUGUAUAGAAAAUUCUAUAGGACUCUGCAGUGUACCCGUCAAAUUCUGUAUUCCUUAUUUUAGUUGCCAAACAGGAAUUGUGUUACAGAUCAUUGCAACUUGGCCAAAGAUAUGAACAUAUGUGUUUUUAAUGGUUUUCAGAUGUGCCAACUGUAUCCUAUUUUAUGCCAUAUCAGUAUAACUCAUUACAUUGUGGUUUACAAUGGCCAUUGAUAGAAAUGAGAAACGGCAGUAUUUUCUUUUUGCCUUACCGUCCAGUAUUACCAAUUUACAAACCGUGUAGAGGUAUUGUAUUUGCUCAUUUGUUCAUUGUUUCUGGCAGCUUUGUUUGAGAUUUUGUUAAAUUAUAUUUACUGAGAAGCGUGAGACACUAUAUGACAAUAUGUAUAAUUACAUUUGGCAUAAACUCUAAAACAUAAACAUUUUUUAAGCCAUCCAGUAAUGUUAAAGCAGCAGAGAAGGUCUCUUUCUGGGACUGUCGAUAAUGCACGUGCCAAUGGAUUUAAAAGGGAUGAUAUAUAAUAUAAUAUGUAUCUAAUAUUCUAUUUUUUUUAAAGCAAAAUAACACAAUAUUAAAAAACAGAGGUAGAUUGUGUGACAAAAAUAUAUUGAAAUAUUGAAUGACAGGAAAGUCUAAAUCAUUUUUGCUUUAACGUCUUUAUUGAGUGGUUUGAAUUUUGUGCAAUAUAGUAUAAAAUAUUUGACUUUUGCUUUGGAUCGUCUUUUAAAAAGAAAAGUGCUGAAGUUGAGAAAUGUUCUCAGAGCCUGUUGUGAGAAAACAUGUUUUUGAUCAACUAAUGAAAAUAACAACAAAAAAACAAUCAGCCUUAUUUUUGAAAUAAAAUGUUGAACAUUUCAUUGCUAUGUUUGUUUCAAUAAAGAAACGUGUUGCUAUGUGAAA